AUGCUGGAAUCUGAUUGGUAUGUUUUGCUGGAAGCUGAUUGGUGUGUUUUCCUGCAGGCGCAGCGACACGUGGCCGACCUGUACGAGGACCUCAGAGAUGGCCACAGCCUCAUCUCCCUGCUGGAGGUUCUCUCCGGGGAGACGCUGCCGAGGGAGCGUGACGCUGUGAGGAGCGUGCGGUUGCCGCGGGAAAAAGGGAGGAUGCGCUUCCACAAGCUGCAGAACGUUCAGAUCGCUCUGGACUUCCUCAAACACCGACAGGUGAAACUGGUCAACAUCAGGAACGAUGACAUCGCGGAUGGAAACCCCAAACUCACCCUGGGCCUCAUCUGGACCAUCAUCCUCCACUUCCAGAUUUCGGACAUCCAGGUGAACGGCCAGUCGGACGACAUGACGGCCAAAGAGAAGCUGCUGCUGUGGGCCCAGCGGAUGGUGGAGGGAUACCAGGGCCUGCGCUGCGACAACUUCACCACCAGCUGGAGGGACGGCCGGCUGUUCAGCGCCAUCAUACACAAGCACAGGAAAUGUGCUGAGGAGCCUCCCAAGUGGGAGUUUUCCAGCACAGCCCGGGCGCCUCGCUCUGAUUCGAGGAAAAACCUUAGCCUGGAGGGCGGCUCACCGCGGGCUUGGCAGGUCUUAGCAAAACGCUGCUGCGCCAGCCAGGCUCCACCACAGAUUCCUUCCAGGGAGGGACGUGCAGAGGAGCCGGGCCUCCCGUUUUCAGGCCCCGCAGGCUCAAGCUUUUUGCUUUUCGCCCGCCCGGCCAUGCACAAGCUGAGGAGGAAGCUCCACUCCAGGAGGCGCCUGGGCAGCAGCUCCAGCAGCGCCGCCGGCUCCGUCGGAGACCUGGAGGACCGGGUCAUCAUGACCUGCGAGGAAAUCCCCGUCCAGGGCUCCUCCGACUGGGGCCUGAGCUCCCACAGCCUGGAGGGGGGCUCCAGCCAAGCCUCCAGUCGGGCCUCCAGCCGGACCUCCAUCCGGGGCCCCCCUCACCUGAGCGGGAUCAGACCAGCCUGCACAGAACCGGGGCGAGCCGUGCGAGUGCCCACGCUGAUCGACAUGAGCCAGGUGUACCGUCAGACCAACCAGGAGAACCUGGAGCAGGCCUUCAGCGUGGCAGAGAGAGACCUGGGCGUCACCAGGCUGCUGGACCCAGAAGAUGUGGACGUUCCCCACCCGGAUGAGAAGUCCAUCAUCACAUACGUCUCCUCUCUGUACGACGCCAUGCCCCGAGUGCCAGACGUCCAGGACGGAGUCAGAGCCAACGAGCUGGAGCUGCGCUGGCAGGAGUUCUACGAGCUGGUGACUCUGCUGCUGCAGUGGAUCAGACACCACAUCCUGGUGUUUGAGGAGAGGAAGUUCCCCUCCAGCUACGAGGAGAUCGAGGUUCUGUGGCGCCAGUUCCUGAAAUUUAAGGAGACGGAGCUGCCGGCCAAAGAGGCGGACAAGAACCGCUCUAAACACAUCUUCCAGUCCUUUGAGGGCGCCGUCCAGGCCGGCCAGGUCAAGGUUCCCCCCGGCUACCACCCGCUGGACGUGGAGAAGGAGUGGGGCCGCCUGCACGUUGCCAUCCUGGAGAGGGAGCGCCUCCUGAGGGCCGAGUUUGAGAGGUGA